GUUCUUGGUUGCGGAGCAGAAGCUGAGAUGUCAGAGGGCCCCUCCAGAAUCACAGGGCCUAUUCCUCCGGACCCCACCCUUUGCCCAGAUUACUACAGACGUCCCCUGUCAGCACGGGGGAGGCUAGAAGGGAACUCCCUGAAGCUGGAUCUGCUCCCAGGGCCCCUUCCUCCGGAUGCGACUCUCUACCCCACCUUGUACAGCGCUCGCCUCGCCCAGCCCCCUCCGCGGAUCAGGCCCAACGCCAGGGACAUCCUGGAGGUGGGCCAGAGAGGCACCGUGGGAGCCCUGCUGCAGCUGGAUGGGAUUUCCUUCUGCCAGGAGUUGCCAACCAAGCGGAAGGAGUGCAAAGACUACGAGAAGGUGAAUCUGAGGCUCCUGAGAGAGAUUCAAAGGAAGUGCCGUGAGAAGGAGCAGGCCAGGGAGCUGAGCCAGCCCAAGCCCGUGAAAGCCCUGUGGAAGUCGCCCAAGUACGAGAACGUGGAGUCCAAAGUGAAGGCCAAGCUGCAGGAGAACUCCGUUUCUCCGAAUUCAGAAGCUCAGAAGUUCCUGAGAGCUUACUCCCGCUGCGGCACCGGAAUUCACCCCCGCAGGCCGCUGUCCCAAAACCCUGCUCAAUUGCGAGCAACCGCAGAUGCUGCAGUGGCGCCAGUCCCAGGCGAGAAUGUCAAGGCCCUGGAGGAGAACAGCAAGGUGGACUUUGUCAGCCACAACGCCCAAAACGCCAAACGAGCCUAUCUGCGGCGAUCGCGCUCCCUGCAGUCGCUCACCGACGUGCUGGAGCAGAAGCGGAAGGAGCAAGAGGAGUACGACUCCCGGCAAAAAGGCCACGUCCCCCGCUACCUGCUCGAGAGGAAGGACCACUGGCGCAGAGAAGCAGAGGAACGCCGGCGCAACCUGCCUGACCCCGCCACGCCCCAGGGCCAUUCCCUGAUGCCGGAGAGCCAGCGUGUGGAAACCCUGAACAACCUCAAACAGAGCCAGGAGCAGCUUCUGAAAGACCUCCUGCUGCUUCCCUUGCGAGCCGACACGCUGAACCUGCAGAGCAGGCGGGUGGGGCUGGAGAAGAAGCUGUCGCAGGUGGAGGAGGCCCUCAAGAUUUUCUCCCGGCCCAAAGUCUUCAUCAAGCUGGAUUCCUAGGCAGC